AUGUCGGCCGUACUUUUCCUUAAAAAGUCGUUGAGCAAACUGCCACCGAGUGUCGCUCGGCAGGUGGUCGGCUGUUGUUAUCACACCGAGAAAGGUGUUUACGGAUACCGACCCAAACUGACCGAGAGCCACCACAAGUUAAGCGACCGCAUCGCAGCACUGAAUCAAGAUCAUGGUCUUGCCCGUCUGGUGGAGGCAUACAGAGCACAUGGACACAAGGCUGCUAAAAUUAACCCCUUACUACCCCAACAGCCUGUUGCUCACAGCGUCCCGGAGAUAAACAUGCUGACUGGCACCAUCACAGGACCACUCAACACCUCAGGUCUACGGCACAUUUGCAAAGCGGAGGCUUCAGUGGAAGAGGUUCAGGCCUACCUGGAAGAAGCCUACUGUGGCCACCUGUCAGUGGAGACCAGCCAGCUGAGCAGCCUCGACGAGAGGGAGUGGUUUGCUGACCGCUUUGAGGAACUCAGGAAAAAUAAUUUCUCCACAGAGGAGAGGAGGCAGCUGGCCAAGAUCAUGCUGGAAUCUCAGGAAUUUGACCACUUUUUGGCCACCAAGUUUGCUACUGUGAAGCGUUAUGGAGGAGAAGGAGCAGAGAGCAUGAUGGCCUUCUUCUACGAGCUUUUCCACCAGUUGGCCCACACCGGAGUCACUGACAUUGUCAUCGGCAUGCCCCACAGAGGCCGACUUAACCUCCUGACAGGCCUGCUGAAGUUCCCACCAGAGCUCAUGUUCCGUAAGAUGCGUGGCCUCAGCGAGUUCCCCGACACCUCGCCUGCCAUCGGUGACGUUCUCUCCCACCUCACCUCCUCGGUGGAGCUGGAUUUUGGAGCUGGACACCCUCUUCAUGUGACCAUGCUGCCCAACCCAUCUCACCUUGAGGCGAUCAACCCUGUGGCUCUUGGCAAAACCAGAGCCAGGCAGCAGCUCAGGCAGGAAGGAGACUAUUCACCUGAAGACAACGCCCAGCCGGGGGACCAAGUCGUCUGUCUGCAGGUCCACGGUGAUGGCGCUUUCCCUGGCCAAGGGAUUGUUCCAGAAACAUUGACCCUUUCAAACCUCCCUCACUACAGAGUCGGUGGGAGCAUCCAUCUCAUUGUGAACAACCAAGUGGGUUACACCACUCCAUCCGAGAGAGCGAGAUCCUCGUUGUACUGUAGUGAUGUUGGUAAGAUGGUGAACUGUGCUGUGAUCCACGUAAACGGCGAUGAUGCAGAGGAGGUGCUGCGGGCCACUCGGCUGGCUGUGGACUACCAGAGGCUUUUUAGGAAAGACGUCAUCGUAGACCUGAUCUGCUACCGUCAGUGGGGCCACAACGAGCUGGACGAGCCUUUCUUCACUAACCCAGCCAUGUACAAGAUCAUCCGAUCCCGUAAGAGCGUCCCUGACUACUACUCAGACCAGCUCAUCUCUGAGGGUCUGAUGACCGAUGUCGAGCGUGAUGCAAUCAAGUCCCAACACUACGGCAUGCUCAACGACAAGCUGUCUAACAUGACCCUGUACAGCCCUCCACCCACCAACCUGCAGGGCCGCUGGGGGGAUCUGGUGGAACCUCAGGCCAGAGUCACCACCUGGGACACAGGCGUCCCCAUUCCCCUGCUGCAGUUUGUAGGCGCAAAAUCUGUGGACAUCCCUGAGCAAAUCCAGCUGCACAGCCACCUUGGAAAGACCCAUGCACAGGCUCGGUUAAACAAGUUAGAAGAAGGGACCAAACUGGACUGGUCCACAGCAGAGGCCUUGGCUUUCGGCUCUCUCCUCUCCCAAGGCUUUAAUAUUCGAAUCAGCGGACAGGAUGUUGGAAGAGGCACGUUCAGUCAGCGACACGCCAUGGUGGUGUGUCAAGACACUAAUGACAUGUACAUCCCUCUGAACCACAUCAGCCCGCAGCAGACAGGCUUCCUGGAGGUGUGUAACAGCCCACUGUCUGAGGAGGCGGUGCUUGGAUUUGAAUAUGGUAUGAGUAUCGCACAGCCGAAGCUCCUUCCAAUCUGGGAGGCUCAGUUUGGAGAUUUCUUCAAUGGAGCGCAGAUCAUCUUUGAUACCUUCCUCACUGGAGGUGAAGCCAAGUGGCUGUUACAGAGUGGGAUGGUGAUCCUGCUGCCUCACGGCUAUGAUGGAGCUGGACCCGAGCACUCAUCCUGCCGUAUGGAGCGCUUCCUCCAGAUGUGUGACAGUAAAGAAGAAGGUGUGGACGGUGACAACGUGAACAUGGCUGUGGUCAACCCAACCACUUCUGCUCAGUACUUCCACCUGCUGAGGAGACAGAUGAUCCGGAACUUCCGCAAACCUCUCGUUGUGGUUGGACCCAAGACACUGCUCAGAUUUUCUGGGGCAGCGUCCAGUCUGACUGCAAUGGCACCAGGAACAUCUUUCAGACCAGUGUUGGGUGAUACUUCAGUCCCAGCAGAAAGUGUCCAGAAGGUGGUGCUGUGCUCAGGGAAACAUUACUAUGCCCUGCUGAAACAGAGGGAGACAUCAGCAGCCAACCAAAACACAGCACUCAUCCGUGUGGAGGAGCUAUGUCCGUUCCCACUGGACGCUCUGCAGCAGGAGCUAAAAAGAUACCCCAACGCCAAAGAGUUUAUUUGGAGUCAGGAGGAGCCCCAGAACAUGGGUCCCUGGUCUUUUGUAGCACCCAGGUUUGAGAAUCAGCUGGCCUGCAAGCUUCGAUUAGUGAGCCGACCUGCUCUGCCAGCCCCUGCGGUCGGUAUCGGGACUCUCCAUCACCAGCAGCAGGAGGCCAUCCUCACCGCUACCUUCUCCUAAGACUCAACAAGCCUGGGAACUAAAAUAACCAUGGCAAGGCACAAUGGCAAGAAGAAGGACAACUGUGAAUCGAGGCCUUAGAGACCGUGUUUACAAUGUGAUGGAAGUAAAGAAGCCCUGUUAGCUGGCCAUCAUAUUUGUAGCACUGGGGAUUGCAUCUUACCUGUGUCAAACCGGUUCGAGCUCCACGUUUUAGGAAUCAACUGUUCAGUCGCCUGAUGCAUUCAGUCUGCACAAGUUUUUCUUGUUUUUUUUUUACUGUUCUGAACAGAAAAUAUCAGUAUAGGUUGUUAGAAAUGUGUGAAAUAUUUCUGCAAGAACAGGGAGCACUUGAACUGGAUUUCUGAAAAGACAAAAAAAAAAAGAGAUGUCUAGAGUUUGACUGUUGAAUGCUUAUCCAACCUUGAGUUAGAUGUAUUUGGACAUGUCAUGGUACAAUUUAAGCUAAUAAGUACUUGAUUAGUAUGUAAUCAUAGUUCAAACUAAGACUUCAAUUAAAUAAUAAAGGCAUUAAAGGGCUAAUGUAAAUAAAGCAAAUCAGAUGGAUUUUAAAUGGAAGUAUUUUCAAAUAAAUAUAUUUUCACGUCA